UCAAUAAAAUAAACAUAUGUUUUCCAUAGAGUACAUAUGGAGGUUAGGGUUUUGUAUUGUCCAGCACAAUAGAACACUGCUCUCAAAAUCAGUUUCAUUAUUUAAAAUAAACUCCAAUUAAAAGAAAUAAAAAAGUCAUCGCCUGAACACCUGUAUACGACGAUUUGUUUCACAGGGCAUUAACGAGCGUAGUAAGUGGAAUGAAUAGUUUCGAUGUUAGGAAUUAAGAGCUACUUACGCGCCUCCUUCCGUUCAAUGUCAAUGCAGGCACUCAGUCGUAUUUACACGCUCAACAUGUCUACCAGUGAAACCGUUGAUUCUGUAGUUAAGGAGAUUUCAGCAGCACGGAUUGACCAUGAAGUUGAUAGUCCAAAUUCGAACAAGGUAGAGAAGAAAAGCAAACCAAAAAAGGCUCCCAAGGAUAACACUGUUCAGAAGCCUAUAGCAAAAAAGAAGGAAGUGAAGAAAGAUACUGGUUUGGGGCUUUCGGUUAAAAAAGAUGAAAACUUUGGAGAUUGGUAUUCUGAGGUCGUUGUUCAAGGUGAAAUGAUUGAAUAUUAUGAUGUGUCUGGGUGCUACAUCCUAAGGCCCUGGUCUUAUUCUAUAUGGGACUCCUUAAAAGAUUUUUUUGAUGCAGAAAUUAAAAAGAUGGGAAUCAAGAAUUCCUAUUUUCCUCUUUUUGUGUCGGAAAAAGCCCUGACAAAAGAGAAGAAUCACAUUGAAGGAUUUGCACCAGAGGUUGCUUGGGUAACCAAAUCAGGGGAAACAAAUCUUGAAAUGCCCAUAGCAAUUCGCCCUACCAGUGAAACUGUAAUGUACCCUAUAUUUUCAAAAUGGAUUAGGGGUCAUCGAGAUCUUCCUCUCAAAUUAAACCAGUGGUGCAAUGUUGUUAGAUGGGAAUUUAAACAUCCUACACCUUUUAUCAGGAGUCGUGAGUUUCUUUGGCAAGAAGGUCAUACUGCUUUUGCUACCAAGGAGGAAGCUGAUGAAGAGGUGCUUGCCAUCUUGGAACUGUAUCGCAAAAUAUAUGAAGAAUUUCUAGGAGUUCCUGUGAUAAAGGGAAAGAAAAGUGAGGUAGAAAAGUUUGCUGGCGGUCUUUACACAACUACUGUAGAGGCUUUUAUUCCCAACACAGGACGUGGUAUACAGGGUGCUACAUCGCACUGUCUUGGGCAAAAUUUUGCAAAGAUGUUCGAAAUAAUUUUUGAAAAUGAAAAAGGAGAAAGGUCCAUGGUUUGGCAAAAUUCAUGGGCAUAUACUACUCGUACAAUUGGUGUUAUGGUAAUGAUUCAUGGGGAUGACAAAGGUCUAGUAUUACCCCCACGAGUGGCACCACUGCAAGCCAUUGUUAUUCCAGUUCCGUACAAAGAUGCUGACACACAAGCAAUUUUAGAGGAAUGUAUUAAAACAGUGCAAACACUGAGGGCAGCAGGUAUUCGCAUAGAAGAAGAUUUACGAGACAACUAUUCACCUGGCUGGAAAUACUCUCAUUGGGAACUAAAAGGGGUUCCUCUACGCAUUGAAAUUGGUCCCAAGGAUCUAGCAAACAAACAGGUUCGAGUUGUUCGUCGAGAUAGUUUUGUGAAGGAGGAUGUACCUUUAGGUCAGUUAACUGAACGUGUUGGAGAACUCUUGGAGAAGAUUCAAAGUGACAUGUUUGAAAGAGCAAAGCUUAAAAGAGACUCUUGUAUUAAGAAGGUAGAGAAUUGGGAUGAAUUUAUGUGUGCUCUCAAUGACAAAAUGAUGGUUCUUGCUCCAUGGUGUGAUGAGCCGGAUGUUGAGGAGGAUGUUAAAACAAGAACUAAAGGAGAAACAGGAGCAGCUAAGACUCUGUGCAUGCCUUUUGAUCAACCAGAUCUGCCUGAAGGAGCUGUUUGUUUUGCGUCCGGAAAACCGGCCAAAAAAUGGGCACUUUGGGGCCGGAGUUAUUGAUUCACACCAGGUUGCUUGGUAAAAUUUAUAUGAAGGGUUAAAGAGCUCCUCGUAGAAUCCUUUAAUGAUGACGGUGUGCUUUGAUGCUUGCGUUGAAAAAACCCGUGGUUUGAACUACAUGGAGGUGUACAACAAAAGCAAAUGAUUAUUCGGCGGUUCAAAUUGAUUUAAUAAUUAAAUUAGAUAUUUUAAUGAGUAAUAAUACUAGCAAAUUUGUAGUUAUUAUUUGUUUUUGUGAAGGCAAUUUCUUUCAUCAAUUUAACCAAUCAUCUUAUACAAUAAAAAUUUUGAAUUUUUUUUCUAUAAUUAUUAUUUAAUUUUCUAUUUUAAA